AUGGCCACUCGAAAAUCUCAGCAGAAUUCUGCCGCCUCGGUGAUAGAUGGAUGUGAGCCACGAGCUUUGCGAGCAUGCGAAACCUUGCCAGUGAGGCGAGUCGAGGAUGAUAGAAUGACUGACCCCCCUUGGCCUUACUACGCGCUGAUGUAUAGACGAGGUGGUGGAUCAGAUCGGCAAAGGGUCCUUUGGGGUCAUCCGCAAGGUCAAGAGGAGGGUGGAUGGAAGGAUCUUUGCUCGCAAAGAGAUGGACUUCAGCAGAAUGUCGGAUAAAGAUAGGAAACAGAUCGUUGCCGAGGUCAACAUUCUGAGAAACCUCAAGCACGAAAGCAUCGUCGCUUACGAAGAGCGAUUCGUAGACUCUGAGGCGCAGUGAGUGUAUGCCUAGGCUUCCGCGCAGGCAGACCAGCGUCUCAUCGAGCCUCAAUCCCCUGCAUAUAUGCGUAGGACAUUGUACAUCAUCAUGGAGUAUUGCGGUGGAGGAGAUUUGGGAGAAGUGAUCAAGAAAUGUAGGAGGACCAAGUGAGUGUUCUCGACUGGUUGCCUCCCUGUGUGCAGUUCGACUGAAGCGCAUAGAUGCCCUCUAACCGCCCCCUGUCGCAGCACGUAUCUGCCAGAAGACACAGUCUGGUCUUACUUCUCACAGAUGACUCAAGCGCUCGAAGCUCUUCACUACAAGGAUUGCAGCGCCAACGAUGUUAUUCCGCGCGCCGCUAUCCUUCAUCGAGAUCUGAAGCCCGAGAACAUCUUUCUGGACGCAGACGACAAUGUCAAACUCGGAGACUUUGGACUUUCGAAGCAAAUUACCGGGCAAAUUUUCGCUUCGACCUACGUCGGCACUCCGUACUACAUGAGCCCCGAAAUUGCAAGCGGUCAACGGUACGACUUUAAAUGCGAUGUCUGGGCUCUGGGUUGUAUCGCAUUUGAGCUAUGCGCCCUCCAGUGAGUUCUCCUGCUGUCGUGGGCCGAAAGACAGCACCAGCUGACACGAGUGUGGCGCCCUCUGCUUCUUAGACCACCUUUCGACGCUCAAAAUCAAGCCGAGCUCACACGAAAGAUCAAGCAAGGACAGGUGCCGAAGCUGCCAAGAGGGUACUCCAAUGACCUCGGAGACCUUAUCCGCGCCAUGCUGAAUCUGAGCGUGAGUCCUAAAGCUUCGAGACGGAGCGGCAUCUUCUCACACAACUCGUCUGCUUCUUUGAGCAGGCCAAGGAUCGACCGACGACGAGGCAGAUUCUCACGCAUCCGAAAGUCAAAUUCGUCGUGGAAACGCGACAGCUGAGCACCCUGUCGCGUAACCUACAAGCGGAACGUGCUCGCAUAGAAGCAGUAGAACUCGGAUUGGAGGAACGUGAAGCUGCUCUUGCUCGCGCUGAGCAGGAAUUGAGGGAAAGGCAGCAGCAGGGUGGACAAGCUGACGAUGCUGAAGCUCACCUCAGCGCAAGAGAGCAGACUGUGAAAGAAAGGGAGGAUGCUUGUCGCCAAAGCGAAGACCACACCGAGAAAGUGAGAGAGGAGUACACGCAGUGGUUCAACGACCAAUGCCUAAAGCUUGAGCAAAGCAAGCAGGAAUUUGCAGAACACUGUCAGGCCCAGCUGGAAGACAUCGAGAGGAAGAGGCAGAGCAUCGAGGCGAGAAACACGGCUCGUCGAGGGUCGACAACAGUAGACGCUUCGGCACAGAGCGAGCAACCACUACCCUUGCCGAGCUCAGCAGCCAACCGCACCGCUGAGCACCGCUCGGCGCUAUCAAGCAGACCUUCUACGCGACGCAUCUCCGCUGGCGGCCGUACCUCGGGAGGAGGAGCUGGCGCCUCUCACCUGGAUGAUCAUAGCGUCGACAUGAUCAGGGCUGGCAUAACAGGUCUGGGUACGCCGCGAGCUCAGCGCGAAAGGCAAAUGCGACUCAAGCAACGGGCGGAACGUCGUGGAAGCGCGGCCGGUGCUCAAUCCGAUCUGCGCACUUCCUCCCGCCGAGCGCAGGAGAGCGAGGGCAGCGACGAAUGGGUGGAAGAGGACGCUGCGGCUGCUGUUGCCAAUCUUGCUCUGUCCAACGGUCGUGGGCGCGCUUCUCAAACCAUAGCAGGUCCUACGUCUGAUAUCCCUCAGAGCGCAGCUCCAGCAGGAAGAGAAGCGUACACUUCGAGAGGAGCGGGACGUACCAGCAUCAGCGCUAUCAGAGCUGCACCUCCGUCUGCCGCGAGGAUGUACACACCUCGACCAUCAGCCGACACGUCGGACGUGUCCAUGCGCGACGCAAGCUGGUUUCAUCCUGCCUUUACGCCUGUUCGCCAGACACGCGCAUCCCUCUUUGGCCAAGGAUCGGCACAGAACGCGAAUGCGGAAUUUCCAAGCAGCGAAGACCGCUCGGGCGACGAUAUGCACACGAGCAGCGACGGGCCUGAUAAGGAGAACAGCGUGCUUAGCAGAGCUCGGCAUUCCUACUCUUCCGGCAAGCGUGGCGAUGCUAUCGUGCCCGCUGCUGCGCGUCCGAUACUGACCACGAGAACAACAAUUGCAGCGAUGCAGAACAACAGUGAAGGUCGAGAAGGGGCAAUUUCUACGCAAGAAGCAGCGCCAGCCUCGCAAAGCACGAGCGCUGUGCCCAACUAUAAUCUCGCAGAUGACGAUCCAGACCUACCUUCCCCGUUUUUGCGCAAGGUUACGCGCAUAUCGGAGGGUCGCAUGUCGGGAAGGAGCGGACAUGGAGGGGCAAGCGGCAAGACGAAUUUGGUUCGCGCAGCUACCAAUGGUGCAGCAAAGCUUGCUAGGGAGAGAGAUGCCGCUAAUGCUGCUUCCGGUCCUAGCAACUCGGACGGGGCAGCUUCGGGCAUGACGAGAAGUCGAAGCACUCUGCUAGACACUUCUGCAGCCAAGGCUUCGCCUGGUCGACGCUAUUCUGGAGCUGCUGCUAUCCCGGGCGCAGCCAAUGCUAGUGGAAGCGAGAGCAGCGGCAUCGGUGCGGCCCUUUCUGCCGCACCAUCUGGACGCAUCGCGGCUCGCACCCAAAGAUCUAGAUUUAGCACUUUGCCAGGAGGUAUCGGAGUCACUGUCAAGCCAUUGCAGCCUGGACAAGCCGUAGGCGCGGGCGCUCCGAUCAGAAGGAGCUUCGUACCCGGCGCGGGCUCCGGCUCUGGCUCUGCUGCUCGGAGCUGA